AUGGUGUCCAGUGCAGCAUCAACUGCUUCUGCAACGCACACGGAUGGAGACGAAUCUGGAGAGGUGGAGCUACAAUUGCAGCGAAAGAUAAGCCAGGCCGUAGACGAAGGACAUGACGCAGAUAUCCCGUCAAGCCAGGGUUUCGUGCUCAACGAACAAGAGGAGCUUCAACGACAGCGGUCAAUAGCCGAGCGGAGGCGGACCUCCUUCGCGAGCAAGAGGAGCAGAGCGGACCGUGAUGUCGAGAAAGCACAAGCACCUGGCGAUGCGGUACUGACAAGUAGCAACGACGGCGACGACAGCGAUAGCGACCCCAACGUUGUCUGGUGGGACGGACCCGACGACGUUGCGAACCCCUAUAAUUGGCCGACAUGGCGCAAAGUGUUAAACUGCGGGCUGAUAUCAGGCAUGACAUUUGUUUCUCCCCUUGCAUCAUCCAUAUUCGCGCCCGGUGUUCCUCAAGUGGUCGCGGAGUUCCAUUCGACAUCCUUGGAAAUCGCCGCAUUCGUAGUUUCGGUAUAUGUGUUGGGCUUCGCAGCAGGCCCCAUGUUAUUUGCACCGCUAUCUGAGAUCUACGGCCGAGUCAUCCUUUACCAUGUCGGCAACCUAGGAUUUAUAGCCUUCCAGGUCGGAUGUGCGCUGUCCCCAACGCUAAAUGCCCUGAUUGUCUUCCGCUUCUUUGCUGGUGUUUUCGGUUCCGUGGCGAUCACUAAUGGUGGCGGGACCAUUGCCGAUAUGAUCACUCAGGAGAGGCGAGGGGCAGCAAUGGCUGUUUUUAGCAUCGGCCCGCUUCUAGGUCCUAUUAUUGGACCUGUCGCUGGUGGCUUCCUUACUGCUGCUAAGGGUUGGAGGUGGUCUUUCUGGCUCCUAGCCAUCCUUGGCGGAUUUCUUUCUGUUGUCAUGGUAUUUUCUCUCAAGGAGAGUUAUGCUCCUGUAAUACUCGAGAGAAAGGCCGCCAAGUUGCGCAAGGAGACCGGAAACGAGUUGCUACGAUCCAAGCUCGAUGCCGGCUUGUCACCGAAAGACUACUUCAAGCGUGGUAUCAUUCGUCCCUUUAAGAUGUUAUUCCUUUCGCCGAUCAUCGCCAUCACGUCGCUCUACAUGGCUGUCACAUACGGUUAUCUAUAUCUGAUGUUUACUACCAUGACCGAGGUGUUCCAGGGAUAUUAUGGCUUCUCUACAAGCAUCGUAGGGUUAUCAUUCAUCGGACUUGGCGUGGGAAGUAUGAUGGGCAUCUUCCUUUUUAGCGCUACCUCAGACAGAUACAUUCAGAAGAAAGCUGCAGAAGCCGACGCAAAAUCCCAAGUAACUGGGGAACCUAAGGGUGGUAUGAAGCCAGAAUAUCGGUUACCGCUGCUUCCGCUAGGAGCGCUUUUAAUCCCCGUGGGUCUGUUUAUCUAUGGAUGGACAGCCGAGUAUAAGGUGCAUUGGAUUGUCCCUAUUAUCGGUACAAGUUUCGUUGGUAUCGGAAACAUAGUCGUCUUUAUGGGCAUCCAGCUAUACCUAGUCGACGCCUUUACUAUCUAUGCCGCCUCAGCCAUAGCGUGCAACACUAUUGUUCGGUCGUUAGCCGGUGCCGUACUCCCACUGGCUGGAUUACCGAUGUAUAGCAAACUCGGCAUCGGCUGGGGCAACAGCACACUGGGCUUUAUCGCUGUCGCACUGUUCCCCGUAUCAUUGGGUAUAAUCAAGUAUGGAGAGUGGCUCAGGAAAAGAUUUAUUAUCAAGAAUCUAUAG